AUGGUGACAAGAAGUGGUAAGUCUACUGAGAAAUCAGAAGAAAACGCUGCCGAAGAAGAUGGGUUGUUGGAAGUCGAGUUAGAAAUUAAAGAACCGAAGAAAACUGAGGAGGAUGUGGUGAUAAUGCCUAUAAAGGAGAAAGAAAAAGUUGUCAAGCCAAUCAUUAAACUUCGUUAUCCUUCGAAACAAAAGAAGAAAGACCAACAUGAGAAUAAUUUUGAGAAGUUUUUGGAGAUGUUUAAGAAACUUGAGAUAAACAUUCCAUUUUCUGAAGCUCUGGAGCAAAUGCCAAUAUAUGCCAAAUUCAUGAAAGACAUCAUCUCCAAAAAGCGCUCCAUGAAUAUAGACCUGGUCAUCCUCACUAAAACUUGUAGUGCUAUUCUCCAAGGUAUGAAAAUUCCUGUGAAAAAGAAAGAUAUGGGUUCGGUUACUAUUCCUUGCACUAUUGGUGAUAGAAAAUUCAAGAAGGCUCUGAUUGAUUUGGGAGCUAGUGUGACCUUAUGGAAUUGUGGAAGAUGUUUUGGUAAAGUAGAUAAAUUUGUAUUUCCGAUUGACUUUGUCAUUCUUGAGAUGCCUGAAGAUGAGGAGAUCCCUCUCAUUUUGGACAGACCAUUUUUAGAGACAAGACGGUGUAUGAUAGACAUAGAUGAAGAAAAAAUGACCCUCAAAGUCUAUGAUGAAGAAUUGAAAAUUGAUGUUCGAAACACUAUGCAAUACAAAGAUGAUGUUGGCACGAGUCACACUAAAGAUGAAGACGAUAGAGAGUCAGAAGUGCUAGCCAUGAUGGAGGAACAACCUCAGUGGAUUAGAUCUAAACCACACCGGUGGGAAGAUUUAAGACCACCCCAACCAUCAGAAAAUACUCAAGAGCCUAAAAAGGGGGAAAAUUUGAAACAAUUACCUGAGAAUCUGAAGUAUGUGUUCCUUGAUGCUGAAAAGAAGUGCCUAACCAUUAUCAAUUCUAGUUUAAAAAGUUUUCAAGAAGAAGAAAUCAUCAAAGUACUCAAGAAAUACAAGAGUGAUAUUGGAUGA